AUGCUUUCUUCAGGAUCCGCUGCCAUUGGAGUUAGCGCCUUAGCGUCGACCGCUUAUGGAAACGAGCGCACUGAAGUUGCGGAAUACGCGAACGAAGGUGGCUUCUUUCAUGCGGAUUACAAAAAACAUGAUGAUUUGAAACAAAUGCUCGAUAGCAACAAGGACAGCUUGAAGCUGGAGGCUAUGAAACGAAUAAUCGGCAUGAUAGCUAAAGGCCGCGAUGCUUCAGACCUCUUCCCGGCUGUCGUAAAAAAUGUCGUUUCGAAAAACAUCGAGGUCAAAAAGCUGGUGUACGUUUAUCUUGUACGCUACGCAGAGGAGCAGCAGGAUCUUGCAUUGCUUUCGAUAUCCACCUUUCAACGCGCGCUGAAGGAUCCCAAUCAGCUCAUUCGCGCAAGUGCCUUGCGUGUGCUUUCUAGCAUUCGCGUAUCGAUGAUUGUGCCGAUCGUGAUGCUAGCUAUCCGUGAUUCCGCUUCCGACAUGAGUCCGUACGUUCGAAAGACGGCCGCUCAUGCAAUACCAAAAUUGUAUCAUCUCGACCCGGAGCAGAAGGACGAAUUGAUAGUGGUAAUCGAAAAGCUGUUGGCGGAUCGUACCACGUUGGUGGUAGGAUCGGCAGUGAUGGCGUUUGAAGAAGUCUGUCCCGAACGAACGGAGCUGAUUCACAAAAACUAUCGCAAGCUGUGCAACCUGCUCGCGGAUGUGGACGAAUGGGGACAAGUGCUAAUCAUAAACAUGCUGACUCGAUAUGCACGAACGCAGUUCUUAGAUCCGAAUGCUGAUGAUGAUUACGAAUAUCAAGAGGUGGGGACUAAACCGUUCUAUGAUGACGAGUCUGAUUCUGAUCCGUCCGAAGCGAAACAAAAGGAUAGCUCUAUCGCGUCGCCACGCAAAACCUACAUUCUCGAUGUGGACCAUCGAAUGUUGCUGAGACAAACCAAACCACUGUUGCAGAGCCGCAAUGCUUCCGUCGUCAUGGCCGUUGCCCAACUGUACCAUCACGUUGCGCCUCGCAACGAGGUGGAGAUUGUAGCAAAGGCUUUAAUUCGGUUGCUGCGAAGCUACAAGGAAGUGCAGAGUAUAGUACUAACAUGCAUCGCCUCGAUGAGCAUUGAGAGAAAGUCGAUUUUCGAGCCAUUCAUCAAAUCAUUUUUUGUGCGAACGAGUGAUCAGACUCACAUUAAGCUGUUGAAGCUCGAGAUAUUAACGAAUUUGGCCACCGGUACCAACAUUUCGGUGAUUCUGCGUGAAUUUCAAACUUAUAUCAGCAGCAAUGACAAGGAAUUCGUAGCUUCUACUAUCCAGGCUAUAGGGCGUUGUGCGGUGUCGAUUUCGGAAGUAACGGAAACGUGUCUGAGUGGUUUGGUGCAUCUGUUGUCCAACAAGGAUGAGUACGUUGUGGCGGAAAGUGUUGUCGUGAUCAAGAAAUUGCUGCAGACGAAGAAGGAAGAGCAUUUUGAAAUAAUCUCCCAGAUGGCAAAGCUGCUGGAUUUCAUUCAGGUGGCAGCCGCGCGGGCAUCCAUCCUGUGGCUUAUCGGCGAGUACAACGAAAAAGUGCCCAAAAUUGCGCCGGACGUGUUGCGGAAGGCUGUGAAAAGUUUUAUCGACGAAGAUGAUAUCGUGAAGCUGCAGGUGCUGAACCUUGCUGUAAAGCUACAUAUAACCAACCCGAAGCAAACGUCCCUCCUCUGUCAGCAUCUUCACAAUCUCGCCCGCUACGACCCGAACUAUGAUAUCCGAGAUCGGGCACGCUUCUUGAAACCAUUCUUACUCGCAUCCCCAGACGGAGCGGAUGCUGCCGGGUCCAUUUUGGUGGCAAAAGCAAGGAAGAUCUUUCUCUCUGAGAAACCAGCCCCAACGCUGGAGAGUUUGUACCACGGUCGAAAACAGUACCAGCUCGGAUCGCUGUCCCAUUACUUGAAUAUGCCAACGAACGGCUACCAAGAUUUGCCUGCCUGGCCAAUGGAGGCGCCCGAUAGCUCAGUAAGACACGUUGAACCACCUACCCCGAUGGGUGGUGGAGAGUACAUGGGACGUGCCGGACAUGACAGAGCGGGAACUGGCAACAACACUGCAGCUGAAGGUGAUCGAAGAAAAAAGAAAUCAAAAUCGUUCUAUUCCGGUUCGGAAGACGGCAGCAGAUCCAGCACGACAGAGGGUGCUUCAUCAGGUUCGGGUUCGUCGUCUUCGUCGGACUCCGUUUCCGAUUCGUCGUCCUCUUCAUCGGGAUCGUCUAAUUCCGGAAGCGGUUCAAGUAGCACUGGAAGUGGCAGCAGCAGCAAUGACAGUAGUGGAAGCGAAGAGAGUGAUUCCGCUUCGACUGGUGCUGGAAGAAAAAAAGCCAACAGCCGUUCGCGUAAUGAAAUGGCGAAGACAAAUCAUCGGAAAGAAGAACCACCGUCCAAGAAUGCUUACAACGAAGUGGACGGCACGAGUCAAUCAAAACAGGAAAGCUCGACAGAGGGCAGUGAAAGCGAGAGCAGCGGUAGCUAUGAGUCGUCUUCGUCGGCCGAUUCAUCCACUGCAAAGAAAAAAUCAUCCUCUCAGACAAAGAAGCAGGUAAAAGCGCGUGACGCAGAGAAGAAACCAACGGAGGCAGUACCGACCAAGAGCAACCUGGAUCUGUUACUUGAUCUCGACGACAUUCCACCGAUUGGUCCUGUUAUGACACCCUCCUUGGGUGGUUUUCUUACGCCAAUGGCAGCACCGUCCAUGAGCUCUGCCGACCAGGCUUCUGGGUUAGAAUUGGUAGGACCUAGCAUAAUACCGUCGAAGAAGCGUGAGUUGUUAAACAAGGUGAACGGAUUCGGACUGGGAAUCGAAUAUCGAUUUGUCCGAUCUCCGCAUUUGUACUCUUCACGAAUGGUAUCGGUUGAGUUGACGUUCACUAAUCACGGUAACGUGGAACUGCUAGACAUUGAGAUGGGCAAGAAGUCUAACCUUCCUUCCGGAAUGUCGGUGAAUGAUUUCGCUCCAAUUGGACGGCUGAAUCCGGGACAAGCCGUAACGGGCAUGCUUGGUGUUGACUUUAACGAUUCUACGCAGCCCGUUCCAUUCGAAAUACGCUCGGGUAGUGGUACGAGCACCGUAACCCUUAAAGCGCCGGUUGGCGAGAUGGUGCGAUCGGUGGCCAUUACGGAAAGCACUUUCGAUGGUGAACGUGGAAAGUUGCGCGGCAUGACGGAGCAUUCGUGCACAGUUCAGCUAUGCGACACGCUCUCACCCGAUGAUAAAAGUCUCCACAAGGCGGUAUUUGAAGCGUGCAAUGUGGCGAGUGUGGCAACCGAUGCAAAUAGUAACGGGCAACGAUUGCUAUUUGCCGGACAAACAAUAAGCUCGAAAAGUAUGGUAUUGGUUCUGAUGGAGAGGAAAAAUACUUCCGAAAAAGGACAUUCCUUUUCGCUUACCGUAAACUGUGAGAAGCUAGUAGUAGGAUCAAUGCUGAUGAAUGAGCUUAAAGCUGUGCUAAAGAAAUAGGAAGAGUAGGGACCGUCCCCAUUCGUUAUCAGAGAUUAAUUAACAAUAUGAUAAAUAUCUAAUGUUUUUACAAUUAUGUAUACCUAAUCUUAUUCGAUGAAUAAAGCACGUUCAACUAUCUGAAUAAAAUUAAGCAAGAUCAAACCGUUUGUAUGUUUAAAAUUGUCGCUGAAUAAUGCCACGGUGUCUAAACCAACGCUGUACCUUGGGUUAUCUCGUUUUGUAUGAUCUUGUAUGGAUA